GAAAUACUCGGUUCGGUUCCCCAAGCGUAAACAAGAAAGUUUACUCACAAUCAUUGAUAACAGAAAAUAUGGAGAUCUUACUGUUUAAAUCGGAGUUUAUGUGUUACAAGUAAUCUAUAUAUGAGAAUUAUCACAAAAUCAAAUCUGCACAAUUGUUUAUUUGUGGGAAUGGAAUGUAAAAUGCGAUCAGGAUGAAAACAAAAUAUCACCUGUAGACUGUAGAGUAAGUGUAACUGUAAGAGGGGAUAUGAAUUCGGUGUUGUUUUAAAUCUGAGUUGUCGUUAUUUGUGUACAAGUAAUUGUUUUCGUUAAAUUUGUAUAAUUCAGUGCAUUUUCAAAGGGUGUGUAGAGUGCUUUUUUAUUUUUACAUUCACGAAAUCUGUAUUGAAGUACACAAAUUACCUGUUUGUUUACAUAGUAAUGACUAAUGUGUUUAAGUGUGUUUUUGUGGAUUUAAAAUGAAAUUGUGGAAGUAAUGUUGUGUGAUCUGAAUAUGUCAAUUAUGUGCAAACAAUGCCAAUGAAAGUGACAGUGUGCUUUGACAAAGUGAAAGUCCUUGUUCCAUGCGGAGAUGGUGAGAUACUGGUUCGUGAAUUGAUUGAGAAGGCCAUACAUCGGUACCGAAAAGCUCAGGGAAAGCCAUCUGACCACUGGGUGAGUGUUCACACACUACGUACUGUCAGUGAGGACUCGAUACUGGAUCCAGACGACACGCUCUGUGAUGUAGUGGACGAUAGAGAACAGCUGGUUGCAGACUUUGAGGAGCAAGGAGGACCCCGCCACCACCACAAUGGAGGUGAUGGACAGAGUGUCAGCUCUGCGGGGACCGCCAGCCCGGAGAUCUUCACCUCCGACCUGACCAAUCACAAGUCAGAUCACCAACGAGGCUUCUCAUUAGACAGCAAUCACGAUGUGAUUGUCACAGAGUCUGAUAUUAAUUCGGGUUCAGGUCUGAAGGUGCGACGGGGCAGUGAGCCAGCCCUCAAUGUGUUGAGUGAUGAUGAGGAGGAGGCUGGGCGGAGUCUGAAACCAUCCAGCAAGAGCCAGGGAGACCUUGCACUGAGACAGGCCCAGCUUGGAAAAUACUAUCUCGCCAACAUACUCUACGAAAGAGCAGGAACAUACGGGAUGGAGGUCAGCACGGACAAGUCGAAGAUAACGGUAAACAGCACGACCAAUAACAGAACAGACAUCACCAUGAACGGCGAGAAGCUAGAAGAAGUGAUCAGCUUCAAGUAUGUGAUCGCAACUCUGUCCAAGAAUGCAAAUAACAGACCUGACCAAACUGGGGGAGAAUUCCUGUAUCGUCGCCUCUCAUUUUCCCCAAACGGUCAAACCUGUCAACGGAAUGAUGAUGAUGAUGAAGAAGAUGAUGAAGAAGAAGGAGAUGAUUUUGCUGCUGAUGAUGAUGAUGAUGAUGGGCUAUACAAAAACCUAUAA